UGUUACCCGGAAGUACUUUCAGACGGAAGCCCGUAGUAUUUUUUUUUUUCCGGUAUUUUGAAAACGCGCCGAGUAACUUUCAGCUGGUUGUGACUUGGAGCUGAUGGGGGACGAAAAAGACACCUGGAAGGUUAAAACACUCGAUGAAAUUUUACAAGAGAAAAAACGCAGACGAGAGCUUGAGGAGAAGACAGAACCUAAGCGCGUGAAAAAUACGGAUGAUCGGGAAGCCAAACGUGACACUCCAGAGGAAGGAGAAUUACGGGACCACAGGAUGGAAAUAACAAUACGCAACUCUCCAUACAUAAGGGAGGACUCCACAGAAGACAGAGGAGAGGAAGAUGAAUCGCUAGCUAUAAAACCUCCUCAACAGAUGUCCAGAAAAGACAAGGCGUACCACAGGAAAGAAGAGAAACGGAAGGAUAAGAGGAGACACAGGAGCCAUUCUGCAGAAGGAGUAGGAAAGCAUGUCCGCGUAAAGGACAAAGAGAAGGAACGAGAGAAUGAAAGGCGGAAACGGCAAUGGCAGGACGACACCAAAGUUCGCAGGGACUAUGAUCGACAGAAGCGCCGGGAUCAGGCCAGGGCCCACUCGCGCAGGGAGAGGGACCGUCUGGAGCAGCUGGAGCGGCAGCGUGAGAGGGAGAGGAAGAUGCGUGAGCAGCAACAAAAGGAGCAGAGAGAGCAGCGCGAGCAGAAAGAGAGGGAGAGGAGGGCUGAGGAGAGACGCAAGGAGCGGGAGGCACGACGAGAAGGUCCCCCUUCCCACCACCGGGGCGGCUCCCUGGAGGAUUACGGGGACAAAUCCAAGUCUAGGCACCGCAGCCGUAGCCGGAGUCCUGUUCGUUUACAGAGAGAGCAAAGGCCAGAGAGUAGUGAACAACGGCGACCAGUGAAAGAAGAGAAGCAAGAGGAUUUACUGGCUGAUCUUCAGGAUAUCAGUGACAGUGAGAGAAAGACAAGUACGGCUGAGUCUUCAAUUGGCUCAGCUUCUGGUUCAGAGGAGGAGGAGGAGGAGGAGGACGACGAAGAAGAAGAAGAAGAAGAGGAGUCGAGCAGCCCGAGUGAGGAAAAUGAAGAGGGAGAGUCGGGAUCAGACUCUGAAAGAUCUGAGCAGAGCGCAGAAGACGUGAGUGAAGACGAGCAAUCAGAAGAGGAGGAGGACGAAAGAGAGAAUGGCAACCACAUACCUGCUGUCCCAGAGUCACGGUUUGAUCACGACUCAGAGGAGAGUGUUGAGGAAGAUGAGGGUGAGGAAGUAGACGCUGCAGACGUGACCCCUCAGUCUCAUUCUCAGUCAGCCACACCAGAGGAAAAUUACGUCCCAGAUUCUCCACCAGUCUCACCUGUAGAGCUGAAAAAAGAGCUGCCCAAAUAUCUGCCUGCCUUACAGGGUUGCCGUAGUGUGGAGGAAUUCCAGUGUCUGAACCGUAUAGAAGAAGGUACAUAUGGGGUGGUAUACAGAGCCAAGGACAAGAAAACCGAUGAAAUCGUAGCUCUUAAAAGGCUGAAAAUGGAGAAGGAGAAAGAGGGCUUUCCAAUCACCUCCCUGCGAGAGAUCAACACCAUCCUGAAGGCUCAACACCCCAACAUUGUCACUGUCAGGGAGAUAGUUGUGGGCAGUAAUAUGGAUAAGAUCUACAUAGUGAUGAAUUAUGUAGAACAUGACCUAAAGAGUCUCAUGGAAACCAUGAAACAGCCUUUCCUACCAGGUGAAGUGAAGACUCUGAUGAUUCAACUACUAAGAGGAGUUCGCCAUCUCCAUGACAACUGGAUCCUGCAUCGUGACCUUAAGACCUCCAACCUGUUGCUGAGCCACAAGGGCAUUUUAAAGAUUGGAGAUUUUGGACUGGCACGAGAGUAUGGUUCCCCGCUGAAGCCUUACACACCGGUGGUGGUCACUCUGUGGUAUCGUGGCCCAGAGCUUCUUUUGGGGGCAAAGGAAUACUCCACAGCUGUGGACAUGUGGUCAGUGGGCUGCAUAUUUGGAGAGCUGCUUACCCAGAAACCACUCUUCCCGGGCAAGUCUGAGAUUGACCAGAUCAACAAAAUAUUUAAGGACCUCGGCUCUCCCAGUGAGAAGAUUUGGCCAGGCUACAACGAGAUGCCUGCAGUGAAGAAGAUGACUUUUACAGAAUAUCCCUAUAACAACCUGCGCAAGCGCUUCGGAGCUCUGCUCUCAGACCAAGGCUUCGACCUCAUGAACAAAUUCCUGACCUACUGCCCUGCCAAGCGGAUCAGCGCUGAUGAGGCAUUAAAGCACGAGUAUUUUCGGGAAACGCCGCUCCCUAUCGAGCCCUCGAUGUUCCCAACUUGGCCAGCGAAGAGUGAACAGCAGCGGGUGAAAAGAGGAACGAGCCCCCGACCCCCGGAGGGAGGCCUGGGCUACAGCCAGCUGGGUGAUGACGAUCUGAAAGACACUGGAUUCCACUUGACGACAGCCAACCAAGGUCUGUCCAAGUCAGGCCCAGGAUUCAGCCUGAAGUUCUGAGGUAAAUGGUCAGAGCUAAGGGAAUUGUUUGCUCUUUGUGGCACUAAUGCCAGGACUCAGCUUAAAAGAGACUCCCUGAAAGCUGGCCAGAUUUUCCUCUGAGACUCCAUGAAGCAAACUGUUCGAAACAGUAUGAAGAUGGAGAAAUUCAAGUCCUAUCUGUUCAUCUACUCCUAGCAGUUAGAGGCAAUGAACUGCUCCUGCAUUGCACAUAAUCCCAAAUUGGGGUUCUGACUUCUGAUAUAAUUGAAUCGCUCUGUCUUUCUUUUUUUUUUGUGGAUUGUCCUGUUUGUUUGUCUACAAGUUUUAGCUUCCACUCAGUUUCACUACGUACAGAUUUUGGGUUUCAUGGUUGUUUUUUUUUAAGCACCAGACAAAGGACUGUUCAGAUUCAAAACCGCAUUCCAGGCUACACAUAAUGGAUUCAUAACUGGGGUCUGCCAAAACUGUCAGUUAUUGACACAGGUGAUAUUGGGUUUUAAGAAAUAAACUAUUUCCAAGUCUA